AUGGAUGAUGCCGGCCCCGCGAGAAAACGACGAAAAGGUGGCAUUCAACAACGACAGAGCCAGGCUGAGGCUUCAAAGACAAGCAUCAGUGCUCUGCAUGAUCUGCUGAUGACAUACCUCGCACAGGGCCUUAUGUCGGCUGCAGUGUGUCAUGCAAUUGCAACAGCAGCUGUUGCCGAUAUGGGCCUCUCUCGCGAAGGUACCGUGUUUCCUGAUUUGGAGAAGCUGGCCAAGAUCAAGCAUGGUAAGAACCUGCAAAAGUCGAUCGACGGCCUGCUGGCCAAACAAGCCGACCUUCCCACACCCAAAGAGUUCGACAUCCCUCUUGCGGGACAGGUGCCAGGCCAGCCCACGUCAUUGCUUCUGCUGCCCCACGAAAUGAUGGCCCAUAUGUUUUCCAAUGGCACAGGGUGGGUUACCUCCGUGCUGCCGGACCCGAGCCGGUUGGCUGCCUUCUGGGAUUGUUUCCGGAAGCAUCCCUGCAUGGAGGGCCACCCUCUGCUUUCCCACCCCCAGUACAGGAACCGGUGCAUUCCAUUGGCCAUGCACGGCGACGAGGUUCCUGUGCUGGGGGUGGGGAAGAUAUGGUGCCGCUCGGCACUGGCAUUUUCCUGGAAUUCCCUCAUGGCCACUUUUGCAGGACGCUCUGUGCAGGACACCAACCUGUACAUAUGGGGGUGCUUCGAAAAAUUCAUUGUUGGUGACGACGAGGAUGCUCCUGGCACAAUGGCCACGUUCUGGAAGAUACUCGCAUGGUCUUUUGGGAUCAUAUAUGAGGGGGUGUGGCCUACGAAAGAUUGGGAGGGCACUCCGUAUGCCCCGGGCAGUGCAGAAGCAGCAAAAGCAGGGACUUUGCUUUGUGGCGGUUACUUUGGAGCCUUGGUUCAGUUGGCAGGCGACCUCGACUACUAUGCCAAAUGGCUGCAAGUGCCGAAGUGGAACAACCAUGAGAAACCCUGUUGCCUCUGCCGAGCAAGUUUCAAAGGGCCCUUAAGCUGGAUGGACAACAGAGAGAGCUCACCGUGGCAAAGCGCCGGCCUCAAGCCCAGCAACUGGAAGACACACUGGGAUUCGGCUUGUGCCUUAUUCCAAUUGCCGGGCUUCAAUGGGCUGUGUCUUUCUAUGGACUAUAUGCAUUGCAUGUUUCUUGGGUGGUUGCAGUAUGCAUAUGGCUCCGUGCUCUCUCUCGUUUUCUCGGAUUGCUUGGAAGGCACAGAGGCUGAAAGGCUGAAGCAUAUCGAUUCCUUCAUCAAGAAUUACCAGCGAGAACAUGGCACCAGAUACAAGUUCAAGCAAAAGCUCCUCAAACUUACGAUGAUACAGCCCAAGAAAGGUUUCCCAAAGAUUCGUGGCAGGGCAUCGGAUGUGCAAAGCUUGGACACUGCCCUUCUAGCAUUUUUUCAGCAGGAGAUGGACGAAGAGAACUACCAGCACAAGCAGAUUCU